AUGGUUUCUUUAACAAGACUACUAAUUACCGGAAUCGCCACCGCUUUGCAGGUGAAUGCCUUGCCCGUGGCCGAUUCAAACCCAGCUGGAACACCAGUCGUAAAGAGGGAAACUGCUACUUCAGCAGAGUGUAACCCUCUGUUGACAGCCGAUUGUCCUCCCGUCAAGGCUCUUGCCACGUCAAUUUCCGAUGAUUUCACCUCAGCAUCAGACAACUAUCACAUUGUUUCCUUCGAAGACCAAGUCACAUAUGACGAAGAUGGUCUUACGUUGACUCUUGCUGAACGUUGGGACAACCCCUCUUUGAAAUCGAACUUCUACAUUAUGUUUGGUAAAGUUGAGGUGGUUUUGAAGGCCGCUACAGGACAGGGAAUUAUCUCCUCCUUCUAUCUCCAAAGUGACGACCUAGACGAAAUUGAUCUAGAAUGGUUUGGAGGUGAUCCAUAUGAAGUGCAAACCAACUUUUUUAGCAAGGGUAACGUCACCACUUAUGACCGUGGUGGAUAUCAUAACAUCGCAGAUCCAACUGCUAACUUCCACAACUACACUAUCGACUGGAAUUACGACAAGUUAACUUUCUACUUUGAUGGAAACGUUAUUCGUGAAUUGGCCAACGAUACUAGUAGUGGCUACCCUCAGAGUCCAAUGUACCUGAGAACUGGAAUCUGGGCAGGUGGUGAUCCAUCCAAUCAGCCAGGAACUAUCGAAUGGGCUGGAGGAUUGACUGACUAUUCUCAGGCUCCAUUCUCCAUGCACAUCAAACAUUUGGUUGUUUCUGACUACUCCUCUGGUACUGAGUACAAAUACACUGAUCAAUCAGGUGCGUGGACUUCUAUUGAGGCUGAAGGUGGAGAGGUUUUGGGCAGAGUUGACCAAGCCAACGAGGAGUUUGCUCUUCUUGUCUCUGGUCAAGAGUUAGACGACACAAGUUCAAGUGAGAGCUCCUCGUCUUCUUCGUCGUCUUCUUCGUCAUCAUCAUCAUCAUCAUCAUCUUCCUCAUCAACUUCCUCCUCAUCCUCUUCCACCACUGCGUCCUCCUCCUCUGAGUCUUCGUCCACAUCAGAAUCGUCUUCUUCAGUAAUAUCUUCCACUACAGCAAGUUCCUCCACAACCACAAGUGCUAAUUCUACAACACAUGAGUCCACGACCACAAGACCAACUUCGGAAUCAACAACGCAAAGCACAGCAACAUCAUCUCAUGUAUCAGAGACGUCUCAGUCCGCACAUUCAACCACGACAGGGCCAUCUAGGAACUCAUCUAUUGCAGCCGAAUCAGCCGCAACGUCUAGUGUUUCCUCCCACUCCCCAGAGGUUUCUGCAUCCAACGGAGCCGACAGGAACAUUUUACAAAUCAGAGCUGCGUACUUGGUAGGAAUACCGUUCUCAGUUCUUUCAUUGUUAAUGAUAUGA